ACCAUCAUUUUUGAAUAGAAUGCAACUCAAUGAGUAUAACGAAGAACUACAACUAGCAUUCAAAUUCCAUGGUUGGCAAUAUUAUAGUCUUAAUUCAAUGUUCUAUAGGAGAGAAGAUAUAGAUUUGGAUAAACAAAAAUCACGAGAUUAG